UCCCUCCCUCCCACGCAUCUCAUCACUUUACUCUCUCUCUCUCUAACCCUCGGAUUUCUCUCUUUCUUCUCUUUCUCUCUCUUCUGCGCGGCCAUCUCCUGCGAGAUCUCCGAGAUUUAGGUCUUCGAUUUGCCUCUGGAAGGAGGAGGAAGAAGAAUUCAAACCGCGGAGAUUGAAAGAAGCCAACCAACCAUGCCGUGGAUGUUCAGGAACUUCGUUCGCUUGGUUGCCUUCUUCUUCAUCCUAUAGUUUCGUUGAGUUGGUAGUUUUUCAAAAUUCAGCAACGCAUUCAUCCGGUUUUGCCAUUUGGAUUUUGUGGGAGAAUUUGAGAAUGUACAUUGCAGUCACCAUCAAGAGAUAUCGAGCAGUGAAGGAAGUUGGCAAAAUUAAAAUGAGUGUUGGAUUGAUUGCCCAUUACCAAUUGAUGCAAGUUUGUCAGGCUGAAUACUUUCGUCAGUUGCUUAAACCUGUCACGUAGUCUCACCCUGUUAAGCUCUGGGAGUUGGGACUUUGGGGAGAAUAGAGAGGCCCUCUGGUUGAGUUCAUGCAGGAGUAAUGCCGUGAAAAAUAUUUGGUUCUGAUAAUCAUUAUAGUAGCCUUAUCUAGUAUUUAGUUCUCUUUCUCUGUCGUCGCUUUAGCUACCUUCUCAGCCACUUGAAAUUCAGUGCUACAAACUCGAAUAGCCAAAGAGUUACAUCUUCGCUGAAGACGAUUAUUAUUAAGAAAUUGUAACGUUGAUGGAGAGCAACCACCACUUGCCCACCAGAAAGGAAACAUAUUCCAUGACUAAUCAAAUGAGUGGUGAGUACAUGGAUAUUCCGACUGCAUAUGCAUUUUGCGCGGUUCCACCACCACAGGCCAUGGAAAACCUUCCACCGGUCCAUGGUCUUCAAUUUCAACCAUCUACUUUGUGCCCAAAGAAUUUCAUUGUAUUUGACCAGACUGCUUACCAGAGUCGGAUCAUGUUUCACCCUGCAAUUGCCCCCAAAUUCGGAAAUUCAGGUUUUCAAAGUUAUCCGACCUAUGUGGAGAAGAAAGAUGACAUAAAUUGUGCUUUCAAUGAGCAAAGGGAGGUUUCAUAUUCUGAUAAAGAGGACUCAGAUGAUAUUGAUGCUUUGCUGAGCUUGGAAGAGGAGGAAGAAGAAGAGUAUGACGAGGAUGAGGUGAGCACUGCGCGGACCAAUGGCAAUUACGGGAGCUCAUCCCCUGAUUCUUGCUCCAGCUUUGGAUCAAAGGCUAGGAAACUUAGCAUCUCUUCUCUUCUCCAAAAGUCCUCCGGCAGUAGCAGCAGUUCGAGCAGUGAACCCAAACAGCAGAAAAUGAAGAAGAUGGUAAAGGCGCUGAGAGGAAUCAUUCCUGGUGGCAACCGGAUGAGCACUGUCACUUUGUUUGAUGAAGCUGUCAGAUACCUUAAGUCUCUGAAGAUUGAAGCAGAGAAGCUUGGAGACUUUAAGGACUAGACAUGCUGUGGCACUGGGACUGAGCUGCUACAUACGGGUAGCACACCCCUUCUCUCACUCUCUCUCUCUCUCUCUCUCUCUCUCUCUCUCUCUCUCUCUCUCUGCUGAUAAUAUGCAUUUGCUAGCUUGUAGAUGCUGUUAUGAUAUAUGCUAAUGGUUGUUAGGAGGUUGGGACUAUGAACCCUAGUUAGCUGCUGUGAAGAGAAGGGAGACUGGGAAAUGACAUUUAUAUGUUAUGUAAGGUGCAGAUUUCUUAUGUUGUAGUUGUCUGGACUCUUGGCCUUGUAGACACUUUAAUAAAAUGUAUUUAUCGUCAGCACCACAUAGGCAUCAUUGUCAUUCAACAGGUUGUUUUUUUAUUAGCAAGAGUAUUAGUCC